UCUUUCCCAUCAAAGGGGCGUGAGAAACGCACUGAAAAGAAGAAAAUUCCUACCCAACACACGUUUCAGUGCACCCUUACCUUCCUAGCUAUACUUUCCAAUCUCCAUAGAUUCUUCAUCACUUCACAAAACAUUCGAGUUCCUAACAAAACAUAUCAUCAGAACCCAUCUUGUGUUUAAACAUGGCCUUAAACAACAAACAAAGAAAACCCAAUUCCCCUUUUAACUUCAACCUCUGUAUCACCCUUUUCUUUGUUGUUCUCUUCACUUUGCCAGCACUUUUCCUCCUCCACACCCCAACAAACACCUCCAUAUGCACCACCUUUUCUAAAUCUAAGGCCUGGUCCGGCGAUCUUCGCCUGGCCGAGUUUUCGUGGAACAAGCUGGAUUUCUUCAACCACAAGCAACCUCCUAUAUCUCUCAAGAUUGCAGUGUUCUCUAGAAAAUGGCCUAUUAGCACCACCCCAGGUGGCAUGGAGCGCCAUGCUCACACACUUCACACAGCUCUAGCGCGCCGCGGCCACCAAGUUCAUGUGUUCACCUCUCCUGAAGGAACUCCAGUCACAUCUGAUGAUAACAAUCACCAAGCAGAUGCACCUUCCUCACCUCACAUUCAUUGCCAUGAAGGGGAGCCGGGCAGGUGGCGCUACAACAAAGCAUGGGAGCAGUUUCUUGAAGAGAAUCAGCGCGAACCAUUCGAUGUUGUCCACUCAGAAAGCGUGGCCCUUCCUCAUUGGAUAGCAAGAAACCUUCAGAACCUUGCCGUGUCUUGGCAUGGCAUAGCAUUGGAGAGCUUGCAAUCAAGCAUAUUCCAAGAUUUGGCUCUUAGGCAUAAUGAGCCUAUGUCCCCUGAUUUCAACUACAGUGUUCAAGGGGUUAUCCCUAAGGUUUUGAAUGAGAUAAGAUUCUUCAGAAACUAUGCUCAUCAUGUUGCUAUUAGUGACAGUUGCGGCGAGAUGCUAAGGGAUGUUUACCAGAUUCCAAGCAGAAGAGUGCAUGUGAUUGUCAAUGGUGUAGAUGAGGAUGAUUUCAGAGAAGAUUUGGAACUGGGAAAACAGUUUAGAACCCAAAUUGGGAUUCCAAACAAUGCAAGCUUGGUUCUUGGUGUGGCUGGAAGAUUGGUUAAGGACAAAGGGCAUCCUCUGCUUUAUGAAGCAUUCUCAAGGCUAAUUCAUAAGCACCCUAAUGUGUACUUGAUAGUCGCCGGCUCUGGACCAUGGGCGAAUCGCUACAAGGAUUUAGGGAGGCAAGUUCUUGUUCUAGGAUCUAUGGAUCCAUCCAUGUUAAGAGCAUUUUACAAUGCUAUUGACAUAUUUGUUAAUCCUACAUUGAGGCCACAAGGGCUUGAUCUUACUCUAAUGGAGGCAAUGAUGAGUGGGAAGCCACUUUUGGCAUCAAGGUUUCCAAGCAUCAAAGGUACUAUUGUGGUUGAUGAUGAAUUUGGCUUUAUGUUUUCUCCCAAUGUUGAGUCCCUAUUAGAGGCACUUGAGGCAGUGGUGACUGAAGGGAAAGAAAGGCUUGCAAGAAGGGGAAAGGCAUGCCGUGAAUAUGCAAAUUCUAUGUUCACAGCUAGAAAGAUGGCAUUAGCAUAUGAGAGGCUAUUCCUAUGCAUUAAAAAGGAUACAUUUUGUUCCUAUCCUUGACCAACUUAGAUUUGAUAGAUACUAUUCUUUUUUGUUUACUUUUGUUGUUUUUUUCUUAAUGCUUCUUUCAUUCAGUAUUACAUGAUCAUAGUACAAAUUCAAAAAUGUAUCAAUUCAUAUAUUGUUCUCAUAA